AUGGAGAAGCCCAGGAGGAUGGUGGCCACGGUCCUGCUGUGUGUGCUGGCCCUGGGGCUGUGCCUGGCUCAGCACUGGUCCUACGGCCUCCAGCCGGGGGGCAAGAGGAGCGCCCAGGUCCUGCUGGGACCCUUCCAGGAGAUCGCAAACGAGAUGGAAAAAUUACAGGAGGUGCAGCAGGGGGAGUGCCCAGGCUCGGGGCAGAGCUCCAGGAUCAGGGAUCUCAAGGAAGCCCUGAUGGAGAGGCUGGCGGAGGGAGAAGGCAGAAGAAAGGAGAUUUAACCCCAAAGCCAAACGGAGCCACAGAGACAGAGAGGUUCCAGAACCGUUGUUAAAAUAAAUCGGUUUUUGCUCGGAUCGAUGUGU